GCUCUUGGGCGGAGGCGGAGGCGGAGGCGGAGGCGGAGGGUGGAGUUACCACUCCAAACCCCUUCUUAUUUUCGGCGUUCCAUCGCCUCGCUUUCUGAUCUCGAUUCCAUUCUGUGUCCGCCCUCGUCGUCGAAUUAUGGUUUCUGGAAUGCUCCUCCUCGUUCCCUCCGUGCGAUCUCUGGUCAUCUGCUAGGGUUUCCAGUGACCGCCGACUCUGGAUCUCCUCCAGGGUGAGCUCGAGCUUAGAGAGUGAGAUCGAGGGCGAAGUGAGCAACGAAUCGUCAGUAGAAUUGCUCGAUUGGACGUCUAAGAGACUGGUCGUUUCGUAUAAUUGUUUUGUCCCGACAACUGCCAGAUAAUGUCGUUCGGACAGGAUCCGUGCAACUACCUCAGAGAGAAUUGUUUCAUGCCUCUGUCAAUUAAAAGUUCAUUCCUUCUGAAUGCUACCAAUUAGAUUGAGGCUUCUACUGGAGGAAGCCAGCCAAGUUCCUGUCAAUGACUUGGAAUUUUAUGCUAUAAUUGCUUCUAUUUUGUAAUCUUCAAAGCAAUCGAGUAAUUUCAAUCAGAAUGCCUAUGUUGUGGGGGAAAUCUUCAUCUAAAGAUGUGAAGAAGAAGACCGUUAAAGAAAAUUUCAUCGAUACAUUGCAUCGUUUUAUAAGUCCAACUGAGCAUAAAGAAGGUUCAAGAAGGAUUGAACGGCAUAGCAGCCAUGUAACUUCAGAGAAGAACUGCAGAUCCAGAGCUGAAUCACAAUCUACAUCACCCUCUGCACAAGUGUCUCGUUGUCAAAGUUUUGCUGCUAGGCCAAAUGCCCAACCACUUCCUCUUCCGGAUAUAAACUCAGGUGUUACUUGUACACCCUCUAAAGUUCGUUAUCAAAGACCAAUAUUGGAAAAACGGGGAAAACCACCAUUGUGUUUGCCACUUCCAAAGCCUCAUCACAUUCCCAAAGGACUUGAUGAUUUUGAUGGAGAAUUGGCUACUGCUUCAGCUUCUAGUAAUUGCUCGAUUGAUAGUGAUGACCGAUGCGAUUCUCAACUUCAAAGUCCUGUAGGCAAUGACCUUGAGAAUACCAACAAAACUGUUGUAGAUAAUCAUUUCAGCUUAUUGCAAAAGGACCAUUUUUCUCCAAGGAAAAGGAGCCCAAAAGAAAUUGCUAAGCCAACAAAAUUUUUAUUUGGAAACCAAACAACAUCUUCACCCAUGUGGGGUGUUCCAAACAGUAAUCGGUCUAAUAUGCAAAUUCCUCAUAGCAAUGCUGUCGGAAGUGCCCCAGAUAGUUCUAUGUCAAGUCCUUCAAGAAGUCCUAUGAGGGUUUUAUGUCUUGAGCAGGUUCCAGCAUCAGCAUGUUUGCCAAUGAAAACUGGUAAUGAUGUAACAUUCAAUGGAUCUGGCCAGUGCUCAAGCCCAGGCUCAGGACAGACUUCUGGGCAUAAUUCUCUGGGUGGAGAUAUGCUAGGGCAGUUUUGGCAACAUAGUAGAGGUAGUCCAGAAUGUUCUCCAAUACCCAGUCCACGAAUGACAAGUCCUGGUCCGAAUUCCAGGAUACAUAGUGGUACUGUUUCUCCUCUUCAUCCACGAGCAGGAGGAACUGCACCAGAAUCACCUACCAGUAGGAACGAUGACGGAAAGAAACAAUGCCAUAGAUUACCUCUCCCGCCAAUAAAUGUUUCUCGCACUUCUCCAUUCUCUCCAAGCAAUUCAGCUGUUGCUACACCAAUAUCUCGUAGUCCUGGAAAGACAGAAAAUCCUGCAAGUCCAGGGUCACGGUGGAAGAAGGGAAAAUUGAUUGGUCGUGGUACAUUUGGCCAUGUUUAUGUUGGUUUUAACAGUGAGAGUGGUGAAAUGUGUGCGAUGAAGGAAGUUACCCUCUUCAUGGAUGAUGCAAAGUCAAAGGAAAGUGCAAAACACUUAGGGCAGGAAAUAUCUCUUUUGAGUCGAUUGCAACAUCCAAAUAUUGUGCAGUAUUAUGGUAGUGAGAUGAUUGAUGAUAAACUUUAUAUUUACCUGGAAUAUGUAUCCGGUGGUUCUAUACAUAAACUCCUCCAGGACUAUGGUCAAUUUGGUGAGCCAGCAAUUCGUAGCUAUUCCCAGCAAAUUCUUUCUGGAUUAGCAUAUUUGCAUGCUAAAAAUACUGUACAUAGGGACAUAAAAGGUGCAAACAUAUUGGUAGAUCCAAAUGGCCGAGUUAAGCUGGCAGAUUUUGGGAUGGCAAAACAUAUUACUGGACAAUCAUGCCCCUUAUCAUUUAAGGGAAGCCCUUAUUGGAUGGCUCCAGAGGUCAUCAAGAAUUCGAAUGGAUGUAACCUUGCUGUGGAUAUUUGGAGUCUAGGGUGCACUGUCCUGGAGAUGGCUACAUCAAAGCCACCUUGGAGUCAAUAUGAAGGGAUUGCAGCAAUGUUCAAAAUUGGAAACAGUAAAGAGCUUCCAAAAAUCCCUGAUCACCUCUCUGAUGAUGGCAAGGAUUUUAUAAGGCAUUGUCUUCAGCGUGAGCCAUCUAACCGCCCUACCGCUUCUGAGCUUCUGCAGCAUCCAUUUGUGAAAAAUGCAUCAUCAAUUGAGAAAUCUCCAAUUUGUUCUGAACCUUUAGAAUCACCAGGUGGUAUUUCAGCUGGAACAAACAUUAAGGUAACUAGCCAUGUGAAAAAUUUGUCUUCUCUGGACACAGAAGGAAUGACAAUCUAUCACGUAAGAGGUGGAGCACCUACCAUAACGACAAGUGAUGUUCUUAUGAGAUACAUAUCUUGUCCUGUCUCUCCGAUGGGAAGUCCUCACUUGAAUUCCAGUUCUCAACGGUAUGUGAGUGGAAGGAUGUCCCCUUCUCCCAUUUCGAGUCCUAUAGCCACCUCAGGUGCAUCUACACCUCUGACUGGUGGCAAUGGUGCUAUUCCCUUCAGCCAGUCAAAGCAGGGGGGUCGAGAACCUGAUGGCUUCAAUCGCUUGUCAAAAUGCAAAAGUGAUGUGUAUCUUAGCGGGACCAUUUGCCAUGAACGGAAACUCAAUCUUUUAGCUGGAAUGCAGCAAGGCCCGCAAAAUGUCUGGGAAAGAGUGGCAUCAGAAGCUGACAUUCGCAGUGCUCAGUUUGGUAGGUUGAGACAGGUUAAUUUACGGGAUCCUCAUGAGAAGCAGCAUGAUCAUGUGCUCCUUCGUUCUGUAAGAGAUCAAAUGAAGCUUAAGCCUUCACAAAGUCCCAGCAGUUCAGGUAUUCCAACUCAUGACUCACAAAGGCUACAUGACUGACAGAAUGAUCAGCCAGAUCUUAAUUUUUUUUUUUAUUGGUCUGGCAUGCUUAUAUUGCCCCCCAAUUUCAUCCCAAACUAAUUUAUUUGGUAAGGAAGUUGCCACUGUACAAUCAUUCUUUGUUCUUUGGAGACUUGGGAAGUGGACUACGUUCUUUUCUACAAAUUCUCUGCCAAGUUUCAAACUGCUAAGUAUUAGUGGAGUCUGCAGAUUGACGCAGUGAUUUCAGAGGAUGCAAGUUCUUUGUUAGGAAAGCAAAAGAGCAAGCGAUGUUUGGAAAACCGGAAGCUCGGAACUCAACUUGUGCAUACAGUUUGACUAUUUGUAUAAAGGCUGACCCCCACAUUGUCCAACAUUUUGCAUCAUUAAGUUAUUAUACUAUGUCUGACUGCAUCAGUUUGGAUGUACAAUUAACAUAUUUCUUUAUGUGGAAGCAUUCUCUUCUAUGCAGUUAUCUAUAUUUGUGACAGUUUUUAAGGAUAUCAAAGGAUGUUUUAAUCA